GCCCGGUGGUUUGUUGGAACGAGGAACAAUCUCCUCUCGUCCAUGUUCUUCUUCCUCACUUCAUGUUUCAGCUUAAUACACUUUGAGCUUAACCUUAGAAAGAAAAAAAGCUACUUUUAAGUAUGAAUCAAACUCCAAAUUCAGCUCAAAAGCAUGCUUCUAUGUUUAGGUACACUUGAGAAGCAAGCAAGAACAUUUGGUAAAUUCAACCAUUCCUGAAGGAAGCUACUUCUGUCUCUAUUUGAUUUUUUGCACACAGAUCUGUGAGCUGUGAGAAGAACUCACUGACUCACUGCAAUUGUGUAAUCAACACAGGGUUUAUUUCUUGUCCCUUUCUAUGCUCGAGAGCUUAACACCUUUCGCCGAAUCCGAUCCAACAGCAUUCAAAAUCGGCGACCCAUAUGCAAAAUUUGCUGCUUUAGCUUAAAAACAAAGCACAAAGACUCAGAUCGAAGGAGGUGAGGCUGAGGCUCUGAGACAGUAAGACUUCUCACUUCUCAGUCUUUUGCUUUUGGAAGCUUUCUGCAACUGAGAAAAAGCUUUAACGAGGGCUCAGACUUGGACGGUGAUAUAUCGGUGCGUAAAAAAAAGGCCUUUUUAUCACUACGCAGCCAAAGUAGUCUCUGAAUUAUCGUCAUCAAUGCAAAGCACAUAGCAACCUCACCAAACCCUGCACUCUCUACUACCUCUAUUACCCUCUCUCUCUCUCUCUCUCUACUUUCUAUGAGGAUAAGAGUGGGGGGGUUGUCUAGCUUGAGCUUCUGUUGUUGAAAAAGGCAUGAUUGUGAUAUGGAGGAGGAUGAGAUUCAAGCACAGGCGUGUAAGUUCCCAAGAGUUGGAAAUGGUAGAAACCAGUCAAACAAGAUCAUAGGUUCCAGCAGAAGAGGGAUUGAGCAAUACCAAGAUGAGGAAGAAGAUGGAGAAGUGAGAAGGAGAGGAAGUACUUGUGGUGGCAGCGAUGGAAGCACAAACCUUUUCCAAAGUGGUUGGCACCACUCUUCAAGAAUAGUAAGGGUAUCUCGAGCAUCUGGUGGCAAAGACAGGCACAGCAAGGUCAUGACUUCAAAGGGUUUAAGAGACCGAAGGGUUCGGCUCUCGGUGACCACAGCUAUUCAAUUCUAUGACCUUCAAGAUCGCCUUGGUUAUGACCAACCCAGUAAAGCUGUUGAAUGGUUAAUCAAAGCUGCAGCAGAUUCCAUUCAUGAACUCCCUUCUCUCAACAACACAUUCCCCGAUACGCCAAAGCAACCUAGUGGUGAGAAAAGGCCAAGUGAUAUACAAGGCUUUGAUGAGGUAGAUGGAGAUAUGAUCAACUACCACCAUCAGAACCAAAGCCAGAACCUUUCUUUGUCUAAGUCUGCUUGUAGCAGCACUUCGGAGACAAGCAAAGGCUCUGGCUUAUCCCUCUCACGGUCUGAGAUCCGUGUGAACCGUGUCAAGGCAAGGGAGAGAGCAAGGGAAAGAGCAGCAAAAGAAAAAAAGAAAGAGAAGGAGAUCAAAGAGAACGAGUCUCGCAUUGCACAUCAUCAUCAUCACCACCACCCCAUGUCUCAAACUACUUCCUUCACUGAGCUCCUAGCUAGUGGGAUUGGUAGUAGUACAAUAACAGUUCCAACCACUACAAGUCCCAAUGGUUCAGUUCAUCAGAUCCAUGGUGGUGAUGAGCCUAAUCUAUUCAACAAGGCAACAACAGCCAUGGACUACUUUAACUCAGGCCUUCUGGUGGGACCUUCCUCUUCAAGAACCCAUCAAUCAUCUUCUGAUUUCUCAGGACAAAUCCAACUGGGACAUUCCCUUCAGGUUUCACCAUUCACUGGUGAAAAUGAAAACCACUCAGAUCAACUUCAGCAGCACUUCUCUUUCAUGCAUGACCAUAAUAAUCAUCAUCAUCUUGUACCAGCUGUGGUUACUUCUUCUUCUCAGCCAAGCGUGAAUGAAUACAAUCUCAACUUCACAAUAUCUUCGGGCCUUGCUGGUUAUAAUAGGGGGACCCUUCAGUCCAAUUCUCCGUCUCUUUUGCCUCACCCGCAGAGGUUUUCACCUUUAGACGGAUCAUCCAAUGUACCUUUCUUCAUAGGAGCUGCUCCACCUGCUGCUUCAACCAUGGUCGACAACAAUCACCACCUUCAGUUCUCACCAGUCUUCGAUGGUCGCUUGCAACUCUGCUAUGGCGACGCAACCCGGCAUUCAGAUCAGAAGGGGAAAGGCAAGAACUGAGUUCCUGGAACACCGCAUUUCUCUUGCUUCAUCUUCUUCCUGGAAUUCUACAUGGUGGUCUUUUUUUAUGUAGGAGCAACAAGCAGUGAUACAAGCUUCCCUUCUGCAAAAUGGAGGAAAUACACAAUGUUGUCAUCAAGUGUUGGUAUAUUCUUCUUGGAUAAUUUUGAGUCAUUGAAUUACAUUGAGUAUUUGGAUAUUUGUUGACUUAUGCAUGCAGAUUAUUUUAUUUUGGAGAAAUGUAAAAGAAUCUUGAUUGCAGUUAUUCUUUUGAUUUCUACAAUUAAUUUUGUGUCUGUGCCGUUGGUUGAG